UGAAAGUAGUUUUUUUUAGAUAUUAGUGUUUUUAAGAACUUAUUGUGAUUUAAAAUUUAAAUCAGUCAAUAUCUGUGUAAAGGCAGAUGUUUGCGAGCUGAAUUUUAGAGCAGUGCGGAAACUGAACUGUGCUGCUCACCUUGGGCACAGGUAAUUAAAGUGUGUUUGGGGAAAGAAUACAAAUUGUAAGAGUUCAGUUGCAUGGUGAUGACAAUGGGACGAGCAAAAGAUACCUUGGUCAGCAUUGAUGAAUUGGGCUGAAGGGCCUUUCCAUGCUAUGACUGUGACUGAGUGUGAAAAUGUAAAAUAUUAAAAAUGCCAGAGUAGUCCAACAAUUUCCAAACCUCAAUUCCAAAUUCUGAUUUAUUAUAGGAUUGGAUUAUAAAAAAUGUUCCCCUGCGGAUUGACGUGUACGCUGUUGAGGGGGUGCCCGUGCUUCAUGUUCAGCUAGGGGGCAGAUCCAUCUGCAAAUUACAAAUUGUAGGAGUUUGCAGAGAAUUGAUGGGGUCAGUUCACUCAAAGUGGUUAAAUGUCUGAAAAUAAGUCAGUUGAACACAGUGGUAAAGAACAGCGUGCAAACUCAAGGCCACAGGCAACAAGAUCCCAAAUAGAAUUGUGAAAGUCUGUGUGAAAGUUGUCAGUUGAAUUCCAUAGUUAGUUCUCAUAUGUGCAGUUUUUAGUGAAAGUCUGUAGUACCCUUCAAUACUCAGAACAGUUAAAUUUUAAUACAGAUUUUGACCCUUGGAAUUGUGCACACUUUCUAAUUUCCUAUCAUCAAUAACAAUACGUUCUCAAAACAUUGAUAUACAAAUGCAGUAACACUAAUACAAGUAAACCUACAUUCUAUUUAAUCCUUUAUUUACUUUUCAAUAUCAAGGACCAUGUAGUAUGGUUGGGGUACGUCAAUGAGUACCUAUCAGGGACAUUGAUGUUCGUCAAUGAAUGACUAAAGGUUGUUGUGCUGCACAGCUAUCCUAACCUUGGUCAUACUGCAGUUUCCACAGAGUGUGACAUUCACUUAUUUAAUGUGUUUCAUUCUUCUCCUCUUUCAGAUGUCUGACUCCGAUGAAGCUGCUGUAAUCAGACCCUCAUUGAGUGAGGCCCAGGUGGUGGAGUUGGUCGGACGGUUGUACGGCCUGAAGGUUUCAGAAGUCAAACCACUGCCCAGUUACAUGGACCAGAACUUCCACGUCCUGGUGUGCGAGACCCAGGAAGGUGGAGAUCACGGGGAGAGCUACGUCCUCAAGGUUCUGAACACUGACGACAGCCAAUACGCUGAUUUGGUGGAAGUACAAACGCGAGUCAUGAUGUUCCUAAACCAGAAAGGUUUUCCUACAACCACACCAAUCCCAACCAUUGAUGGCAAGAUUCUGUCCCUGGAGACAAUCAGUUGUGGUGAAGAAUAUAAGAACUACAUGGUCCGAUUGUUGACCUACCUGUCAGGAACUCAACUACUGGGGAUCUCUGCAGACUCACAGAUCCUGUACAAAAUUGGCCGAACACUUGCUCAGAUUAACAAAGCUCUGACGGAAUUCAAGCACCCCAACAUUAAGAGCCUGCAGAGAGAUUCUGACAUCUGGAACCUUUCAAAUACUCACCAGCUGCACAAGUACCUGUCCGCAGUGAAGAACACCAGUGAUCGCCAAAUUGUGGAGCAAAUUAUUCAGCAAUUUGUGAAGAAGAUACAUCCAAAUAUCAACAACUUUCAUAAAAGCAUUAUUCACGGGGACUUCAGUCACACCAACAUUCUUGUGCAGCCUCUUCAUUCAUCAGCUGAUUGCUCCAAUGCAGCAGGUCACAUGCAGCAGGAACUGGAGAUUUCUGGCAUCUUGGACUUUGGCGAAACGGCUUGUGGUUACUAUGUGUGUGACUUGGCCAUCUGCAUAAUGCACCUCAUGCUGGACAGCGAAGACCCCCUGCAUGUUGGAGGCCAUAUUCUUGCAGGUUUCGAGAGUGUGAUCCCUUUAACUCUCCAGGAAAGGGAUGCCUUGUAUUUGCUGGUUCUUUGCAGGUUUUCCCAGGUGUUGGUUUUAGGGACAUAUAAUAUUCUGCGUUACCCAGACAAUGAAGAGUACCUACAGAUCGCAACAAGAACUGGCUGGAAGCAUUUGCACCAACUCUGGGAGCUAGGAAAAGAAGCAGUGGAGAAGAUUUGGUUUGAGACGGCCAAGUCCUACCUCACUCUGUGAAACCUCCAUUGGUUCUCAGUGCCGGAGUAUCAUUGCCUCUCCCACAACAUCCAUAUUUGAAAGAAAGAUUAAAAUACAAUCGAGCAAUAUUCCUACCAUUUGAAAUUAUAUCCAGAUGGAUUUUGUCAUUUUUCACUGGCAUCCUUUAGUUUAGUUUAGUUUAUUGUCACCUAUACCGAGGUACAGUGAAAAGCUUUUGCGGCAUGCUAACUAGUCAGCAGAAAGUCAAUACAUGAUUACAAUUGACCCAUUUACAGUGUAUAGAUACUUGAUAAGGGAAUAACGUUUAAUGUAAGGUAAAGGCGGCAAAGUCCAAUUAAGGAUAGUCAGAGCAUCAACUAAGAGGAAUAUAGUUGUUCAGCACUGCUCUCUGGUUUAUGUUUUUCGCAGGCCAUCUUUCAUUCACAUUUCCCACUGUAACUGAAUCAACAGUCCAAGUGUGAACUUCUCUACAAUCACUGAGUCCCAGUCUAGAGCUUCCCCUGCCUUCCACUUCAACUCCAUGCAGGCACCUUUGUUGUGCACUAUCCUUUGCACAGUCUCUUCCAACAACCCCCAUCACCACUUCCAUCGUUAAAUUCUUGCUGUAUUCAAUCCUUCCCGACUUGCUCUGCAAUCGAAAACUUAUUCCAACUUCCCUUUUUCCAUUUCUAACGAAAGAUCACCAACCUGAAAUGUUAACUCUUCUUCCCUCUACACAAUAGGUGAAAAUUAGAGUCAUAGGGUCAUAGAGUGAUACAGCGUGGAAACAGGCCCUUCACUUGCCCACACGGGCCAACAUGUCCCAGCUAUACUAGUUCCACCUGCCUGCGUUUGGUUCAUAUCCCUCCAAACUUGUUCUAUCUAUGUACCUGAAUAACUGUUCCUUAAGUCCCAGCCUCAACUACCUCCUCUGGCAGCUUGUGCUAUACACCAACCACCCUUUGUGUGAAAACGUUAUCCCUCAGAUUCCUAUCAAAUCUUUUCCCCUUCACCCUGAACCUAUAUCCUCUGGUCCGCGAUUCCCCUACUCUGGGCAAGAGAUUCUGUGCAUCUACCUGAUUUAUUCCUCUCGUGAUUUUAUACACAUGCAACAUUUGCAGCAUUUUAACUGUGUGUUUUAUAUAAUUAUGGAUGGAUAUGGUGAAGGGAUGAUAUAAUGAUUUGAUACUGUGAGGAUAUGGAAGCCUAGCGAGAUGCAGUGCUCCUGGUGUUAUGACCCAAAACCCGGAAAGAUAAAAAUAUAAAUGACCGUAUGGGUUUUCUCCAGGGGCUCGGGUUUCCUCCCACAUCCCAAAGAUGUACAGGUUUACAGGUUAAUUGACUUUGGUAAGUUGUUCAAUUGUCCCUAGUGUGUGUUGGGUAGAGUGCAGGAUCGCUGGUCGGCACAAACCUGGUGGGCCGAAGGGCCUGCUUCCGUGCAGUAUCUCUAAACGUCUAAAGUUGCUGAUUUUGAAUACAUGGGAAUUACAUUUCAAGAACCAGACAUAACUCUGGAUAUUAAUAGAAAUUGCACAGAACCACUGUGGAGUUCAGGGCCUUUUUUUCCUUUCACCCUUCAAUCAGAUCAACAUUUAUGAAAUGAUAAAGUACCAUAAAAUAAAUACCGAGUACAACCUUGCAAAAAGCCUUGUAAAUUACACCAUGUUGAUAUUAUUUCUAUGAGCAGCUUUGUCACAUGCAAUAAAAAAUAAAAUUG